CUUUCUGUAUCUAUAGUCACUGACUGUACUAACUUCACAUUAAUUGUUAAUAAUUCCUAUAAAAGUUGGAUCAAAAUUUGAAGUGUUGUAAAUAUUAAUCCUUUACCUUGUAUUUACCUUAUAAAGGUAAAAAAUAACGGUGUUCAUUAAGCAAACGAUUAGAAUGAAGUAAAUACUAUAAAUACAGAACACUAACAUUAUUGUAUUUAUUGUGCAUUUAACGUUUUGGUACAUAUUUUUAUGAUUAUUGUUCUUAAAUGCACUUUAUAAUGCUUACACAAAAGUUGUUACAACACAGAAAUAUUUUAAAUUCAAGGCUGAGUUAUUUAUUAAAGCAAUAUUCAAAACAAGCAACAGCAAGUGGAGCUGUACAUUAUGAAAAAACCUGCUUUGCACCUCAAAGAAAGAAGAAACCUCCAACGGAACCUUUCAUAAAACGUUUAAUAACAGGACAGGUAGAUGAGGCAAUGUUAUUAUAUCCUGAAGUACUGCCUCUUGACCGAUUCAAAGAUUUCUUUAAUUGGUUAGCACCAAUAGAAAAUUAUGUAUUAAAUUGCGCUGACACAAAUAAGAAGUGCAAUAAAGAAGAGAUAUUAAAUCAUCUUAGAGAAUUUGAUGUAUUUCAAGCAUGUAUGGAAGAAGAUUAUGGUUUAAAUCUUACAACAACAGAAUCAUUGAAACUAAUAGAAACAGUAAGCACAUUACCUUGGUUAGGUACCUAUUUAGUAAAGAACAAUAUUUUACCUAUUAAAGUACUUUCUAAGUAUGGAUCAGCAAGUCAAAAACAAGAAUAUUAUCCAAAAAUAAUGAGUGGUGAAAUUGUUCCCACAAUAUGUAUAAACGAAGGUGAUAAUGGGACAAAUAUUAAUAACAUAAAAAGUUAUGCUAAGCGGGGUGAAGGAGAUACGUGGUUAUUAAAUGGUAAAAAAACGUUUGUAAUCAAUGGGAUACAUUCUAAUCUUUAUUUUGUUUUUGCGAGAUGUCACUCCAAAGAUUCAUAUAAGUUUAAACCAGAUUCAUUUUCUUUAUUCUUAGUAGAAAAAGAUGAUAAAAGUGUAACAUGUACUGAAGUUUGCGAUACAAUCGGUAGGCACGAAGUACCUACUUGUACAAUUAGCUUUGAAGAUACGGUAAUACCGAAUAAAAAUGUUAUCGGUGAACCUGGUGCUGCAUUUAACAUACUAAUGGAAUUGUUAAAGCCAGGGGAACAAAAUAUAGCUGCACAGGCUAUUACUAUUUUACGACAUUUCACAGAUCAAUUAAUAGUAGAUAUUUUGAAAGCUAAACAUUUUGAUAGAAAUCUAUACGAGUUUGAUUAUGUACAACACACUUUGGGCAAAAUAUUAUUUACUCUGUAUACUAUGGAAAGUAUGGCAUACUUUACAAGUGGAUUAAUAGAUCAAUAUGAAAAUCAAAAUGUUAGCAUCGAGAAAACUAUUACCGAAAGAUAUUGUGCAAACAAAUGUGUAAAGAGUAUUGAAACAGGAAUGACACUAAUGGGGGCUCAUAGUUAUUUAAAUAAUACAUCGUAUGUACAAUCAUUUCAUGAUGCUUUGGCUUUAACAACGCUCGAUAUGAAUAACUUUGAUUCAAAUACAUACAUAGGAGCAUCUAUUCUAAAACAAAUUGGAAAGGAGUUCAGUGACUAUGUGUACAAAAAAAGGAAUUAUGUUAAAUAUCCUAUAUUUAAUAUGAUGGACACUUUACUUAAUAUAACUGACUCAAAAAAAUCUAUUCCAAAUUAUUUCCAUCCAUCGUUAAAAGGAGGUGUUGAAUAUUUUGAAGACAGUAUAAAUUUGUUUAAGAGGGGUAUUAAUAUAUUACUUAUUCAACAUGGAGCAGAACUUAUGCAACAGUAUAGUAGUCUUGAAAGAAUAACUGAUAUGAUAACAGAAAUAUAUGCAGGAUUUGCUAAUUUAUCCCGUUCAUCAAGAUCGUACUGUAACGGUUUUCGAAAUACAGAUAUUGAAAAAAAUAUAGGAGUGACGAUGGCAUAUGUUACAUUCAUUAAUCUAAAUGAAAUUGUACAAAAUCUUGAAAAUGAAGCUUUUUAUGUAACUGACAAUUUUCAUAAAGUUACAAGUCAAUUAGCAUAUGAAAAACAUAGGUAUUGUAUUGAACAUCCUUUAUGUAGAACAUUGUUUUAACGUUAAGUUGUUAAUAAUCUAGCUAGUAAGUAAAAUGCAUGUGUACACAUUUUAGUAUGUGUAUAUGUAUUAUAUAUAUGUAUAUAUAUAUGUAUCUUUAUGAUUCAACAAUGUGAUCAAACAUAAUGGAAUAAGUACACACGAUUUCAUCAUAGCUUCUGUGUUCAUAAUAAAUUAAAAAUAUAAUAUCAUUUUUCUUA